CACGAAGUAUUAUGUCUAUCAUAUUGCCUUUCCUAAAUGUCCCCGAGGAACUCCUUAGCACUGGGUCAUCUCAAGGGAUGACCUAUGGCAUUGACAAGGAUAUUGUUGUGAAAGUUCCAUUCCAGUAUGAAGUUUCCCCAGGCAUACCCUUAUCUCAUUGCUGGGACCUUUCUAUCAAAAGCUUCAUUGCCAUGGAAAAGGAGAUGGCGGUCUAUGAUGCACUGCAAGUCCAACCUCACCGCAACUUUGUCAAAAGACUUGAACCUAGCAGCGUCAAUUGUUUAUUCCUCGAAAGACUCGAUCUCUUGGAGAAAGUUUGGUGAGUUGCAAGGCCUAUGGAUCGAAACCGAUGGGUUUUAGAGUUGCUUGAUGCUGUUAGCUGGCUAGAAAAUAUCGGCUUUAUCAAUGGAGAUCUUGCGGUACGAAAUCUUGGUGUUGACAAGGCUGGCACAUUGAAGGUCUUUGACUUUGGCUCAAGUUCAUUCUCUGAUACAGAGAAUGAUGUGAUAGCGGAUCACUUUGAUUUGGCAACAUGUCUGCAUUUCAUUCUUUCAGGCAUAGAUCCUUUUGCUGGUUUCCAGUCGCAUUCAGAAGCUAUCCGGACAAGACAUGCAUUAAAGGCUGGCCAAUGGACUAUUGCAGAAGGUGCUGAGGUUAUUGGGGAUAUUAUCCAGGACGGGUGGACUGGGAGGACUGGAGCCAAACAUUUCAAAGGCAUACUCAACGAUGUUGCUAGGAGACUGGGCACUACGAAACUGUCUCCAGACUCCUUGUCUGAGAGCACAGAUUAUUACAGCCUUCAGCUGCGCUGUCAAGAUUGGCUGCGUGACAAUCCGAGGAACCCACUCUGGAAGAAUCUCGAUGAGUAUCUUGUGGCGUGCAAAGAUGCAGGACAUGAGAGAGACUUAGAUGACUUACGGUAACUAGCAAGUCAGGUCUGUUGAUGUUAUCACAACAACCUCAAUCUAGAUAAUAGAAUAGUGGAUUUAGCGAGCAAGGAAGAGGAGCAGAGGCUAUAUCGCAACGAAGAAGGCCGAUUUGAGGUUUAUAUGCUUUUGUUUGUUGAAAUAUGCUCCUGCUGGGGACGCUUUCCUGACUCUGGAACACGAUGCCUCGUCCUUCCUUAUGCUUUCUGGCCACGGCCAAGUCGCA